AUGGGCAGUCCCCGCUCCGCGCUGAGCUGCCUGCUGUUGCACUUGCUGGUUCUCUGCCUCCAAGCCCAGGUAAGGAGCUCUGCGCGGAGGCGGGAGCCGGGUGGGGACGCCGAUUGGCAAAUGUCGGGCAGGGGCAGGAGGACGCACCCUGAGGCCAGGGCGGCAGGGCUCCUUAGAAACCCAACCACGAGCUACCUCGUGGAGGGAGCUGAGGAACAGAGAGGUAGCGCUCUGCCUAAGGUCACACAGCAACAUGUGAGGGAGCAGAGCCUGGUGACGGAUCAGCUCAGCCGCCGCCUCAUCCGGACCUACCAGCUCUACAGCCGCACCAGCGGGAAGCACGUGCAGGUCCUGGCCAACAAGCGCAUCAACGCCAUGGCAGAGGACGGCGACCCCUUCGCAAAGCUCAUUGUGGAGACAGAUACCUUUGGGAGCCGAGUGCGAGUUCGAGGCGCUGAGACCGGCCUCUACAUCUGCAUGAACAAGAAGGGGAAGCUGAUUGCCAAGAGCAACGGCAAAGGCAAGGAUUGCGUCUUCACGGAGAUCGUUCUAGAGAACAACUACACGGCCCUGCAGAAUGCCAAGUAUGAGGGCUGGUACAUGGCCUUCACUCGCAAGGGCCGGCCCCGCAAGGGUUCCAAGACACGGCAGCACCAGCGUGAGGUCCACUUCAUGAAGCGGCUGCCCCGCGGCCACCACACCACUGAGCAGAGCCUGCGUUUUGAGUUCCUCAACUACCCGCCCUUCACGCGCAGCCUGCGGGGCAGCCAGAGGACUUGGGCCCCAGAGCCCCGAUAGGCGCCUGCCCAGCCCCUCCCUGCAACUCCGAACAACGGAGAAUUUCAUCUUGAUGGGAGCAAAAUAAGAGAAACUUGAGCAAGAUGAGAGCUGCGCUGCU